CGCAUUGUCCAACUUGUCAUAUCGAAGUGUGGACAAAAAAAAAAAUGAACUCGAAAAUGCAGCGAAAGGUUCUUGCAGUUCAGUCCAAGAAAAAGCGCUGUAAAGUAGCAAAAGCUCGCAUGAGGCCGGAGGACCCCAAGCCUAAAGGCAAGAGCGGUAGCGUGUCUAGCUACAACGAGGAUGAUUAUGAAGUUGAUGAGAACUCAGACGAUGAAGAGCAAGAAGAUCCGAAUGAUUACUGUAAAGGGGGCUAUCAUCCAGUCCAGCUGGGAGAUCUAUUCAACAAUCGCUAUAGUGUCAUCCGCAAGCUAGGGUGGGGACACUUCUCAACUGUAUGGCUAGCAUGGGAUGUGAGUGAGAACAAAUAUGUUGCCCUAAAGAUAGUAAAGAGUGCGUCCCACUAUACAGAAACAGCUAUUGAUGAGAUGAAGCUGCUGAGAACUGUUCACACUGCUGAUCCAAAACAUCAUGGGCACAAGCAUGUGGUUCAACUUACUGAUGAUUUCAAGAUUGUGGGGAUAAAUGGGUCUCACAUAUGCAUGGUAUUUGAAGUAUUAGGACAUAAUUUGUUAAAAUUGAUCAUCAAGUCUAACUACAAAGGGAUUCCCAUCAAGCUGGUCAAAAGUAUUGUUACUCAGACCUUGAAAGGCUUGGACUAUCUGCACACCAAGUGUAAAAUCAUACACACUGACAUCAAACCAGAGAACAUCCUGUUGUGCAUCAGUCAGCAUGAGAUACAGCAGCUCGCGGAUGAAGCAUCAAAGGCAAAAAUAACUGGCACCUUUACCCCAGCAUUAGUGAGCACGGCUCCAGCAUCAGUCAUUCAGCAAUGUAGCUCAAUGAAAUUAUCCAAAAAUAAAAAGAAGAAAAUGAAAAAGAAGCUGAAAAAGCAGAUUGAAAAGCAAAAGCUUCAACAAGAUGAGAUUGAACAGGGCUUGUUACAGGAUUCAGAUGAUAAAGAUAAAGAGACUUUGGGUGAUAACUGUAUUGAAUCAAAUGAUAUGGAGGAAAGUGCCAAAGAUUCUAGUGAGGAAAUAUCUGAAGAGCUCAGCAGCAGAUUAUUACAGGAACAGUGUGUUGUGUCAGAUGAGGAAACAAGAAAAUGUAACAAGAUCACUCCCCAAGAUGGAGAGGAGCCAGAGGGUGCAAUCGACCCUUUGGUGAAUGGGGAACUGGAUGACACCGGGAGCAGUAUGAUGGAGGAGGAGCCACCGUCUGAUGAGAAAGAAUUGUGCACUCCUGAAGUCGGUAUGGCAGGGGAAGUUGCGAUAAACAUGGAGGAAGACAAUACAGAUGACCAGGAGUCAGAGUCUGAACUCAGGGUCAAGAUAGCCGAUCUGGGGAAUGCAUGUUGGACGCAUCACCACUUCACAGAAGAGAUUCAGACCCGACAGUAUCGCUGUCUGGAGGUGUUAAUAGGUGCUAAGUAUGGUCCACCGUCUGAUAUCUGGAGCACGGCGUGUAUGGCAUUUGAGCUAUGCACUGGAGACUUUCUGUUUGAACCUCACUCUGGAGAGGAUUAUUCACGCGAUGAAGAUCACUUAGCCCAUAUAAUUGAACUGCUGGGAAGAAUACCCAAGCACAUCGCCCUUUCUGGGAAAUACUCCAAGGAUUAUUUUAACAAGAAAGGUGAAUUGAAACAUAUCACAAAGCUGAGACCAUGGGGCUUGUCGGAAGUCCUGAUGGAGAAGUACGAGUGGUCUCGACAGAGUGCUGACGAGUUCGUCUCAUUCCUCGCGCCCAUGUUGGACUAUAACCAGGAGAACAGGGCGACGGCCGCCGAGUGCCUCAAACACCCCUGGCUCAGAGACUGACGUCAUACGUGGUCAUAGCAACGGGAUUGUUGCUCCCGCCUUGUAUCACCGUGGCUUUACUUACAGUUCAAGAAUGGCCUCUGGCGUGAUUUCUUAUCUUAGGCGCCGGGGUGUUAAGCGAAGUAUGUGACAUCGCAUUACGUAACGUGAAAUUACGUGGCGUGGUCACGUCGAUAUUACGUGACAUGAAUACAAGUGACUUGUGUAAGAUACCAUGUGACAUCACUUGACCUUGACGUCACAGGUCUUAUUUUGAGACAUUAAAACCACAUUAGAGAUGACCAAAAGACACGAUGUACAACCCAGGGAAAAGGUGGACGCCAUGGCAUCUCGGUAACCACCAGCAUUGACCUCUAUGAGAAACGUUUUUAGCCAUAAUGGUUGCAUCCAUUCGGCCUAUUUUCAUUGAAAAAAGAACAGCACUUGGCGUACGAAAAUUAACUUGUUUGCACAUCAAGACUCGAGUAUGAGUUGCCAUAUUACCUGUAAACGUUAUUGGUUCCUUGGCAACCGAUGCGGCCAUUUGCCACGAAUACCUGUCUCACGAAUUCAGGAAUUGAUUUCCAUAUUGGUACCAUGACCACAUUUUAUGUGGUAAAUACUAUUCCUGAAAUGUCCUCAGAAUAGCUCUAUUUAUAGUCCGCGUUUUCAAUCAGUCUGUGAUAAAAGACAUGCUAGUUACAAUAAUUAUCGUGUACACUAUAGAUAGGUUACCUUCUUCCUUAGCAUUAUACUCAACGGUUUUGUAUAACUCCAGGAAAAUAAUAAGUCAAACACUCUUUCUGACCGUGGGCAGGUGUAGAUGACGUCUGUGUCGUUAUAGCGGUCGGUUAACUAAUGUUUGGCGUCACGUUAACUAUGCAUCACAUGCCAGCGUGUGACGUGUUACAGCCUAUAGAAACAACCGAUAAAUAAAAGAAGAAAAUUCGUGUUGCUAA